GGGGGCGUGACGUUCACUCGAGCUGUCCGUCUUGUCCGUAGCUCCUGUACGUAUUGAAGUACGGUGCUGCAGGUUUCGCCGGCCGACAGAACACGGUCGCUUAUUGACGCGGCAGUGGUUCGCCGUCUUCGUCUAAGUUCCAGUAACCAACCGGAAUUGUGUAUCAUCAGAACCGUGAACGUCUACGGAACCCAAGGACACCAUCCUCUUGGUCCUAGGCCCAUUUCCGGCGGCUCCACAAUAUCAAGAAGCUAUCAGUUAUCGGUGACGAAAUCGAAAUCAGCCUGCCAUGGCGUCAUCGAAGAAGCCCACAGAAGAAGAAACGCAGAAUAAAGACCUCGAAGAGGCGUGCAAGCCCGGACCUCCGUACAAGAAUGCCUACAGAUAUUUCGAAGGUCUGUACGUCAGCUAUAGUUUCACGGAUCGAAACCUGCGCUCUGCUCUGUCCUACAAACCGCUCGACGGGGACGUCUUUGUCGUGAGCUACCCGAAGUGUGGCACAACAUGGAUGCAAUACAUUGUGUACGGCGUAUUCCGCGACGGUGUUCCCCCUGCGAACGUCAUAGAGUUCAUGAACAUGGCUCCGUUCUUAGAGCUUGUGGGAGCCGAGGUCGCACAGGCUAUGCCGCGACCUAAUUCCAUCAAGACUCACCUGCCGUUCAACAAGCAGCCCUACUCGGACAAGGCCAAGUACGUCUACAUCACCCGCAACCCAUACGACUGCUGCGUGUCGUUCUACUACCACACGAGGAACGCGCCGAUGUACCGCUUCGAGGACGGCACGUUCGACCAGUUCUUCGACAUGUUCGUCGAAGGAAAAGUGGACUACGGCGACUACUUCGACCACCUCUUGUCCUGGUACGAACAUCGAGGGGACAGCAACGUUCUUUUCAUCACUUACGAAGACCUCAAGAAGGACACUCGCGGUUGGGUGCUCAAGAUCGCCGACUUCCUGGGUAAGGAGUACGGAGACAAGUUGAGGCAGAGCCCAGAUAUCUUCGAGAAGAUUAUGGCUAUGAUUAGCGUCGACUCCAUGAAGAAGAUUAACGCCGACAUGAACAACUGGAGCAAGGAUUUGGCCAGCGUUCCCCUGGAGACGCUGCCUGAAGGGAUGAAGUCUUUUAUGGAAGCCAUGGGGAAUAUGGUGGAGAAACCAUUUAAGGGAGAGUUCGUGAGGAAAGGCAUCGUGGGGGACUGGAAGAACCACCUUUCGCCAGAGCAGGUCUCCAGGAUGAAAGAACGAAUCGCACUCAAGACCGCCGGCAGUGAUGUCAUGGAGCUGUGGAAAGACGCGGGCUUGCCCUGAGUAUGAGCGCAAAUGGGCGAUUUUGCCUUCUGAGGGACGAAACCUCUGCAGCACGACGAGAUUGGUCAUCUAUGCCUUCUUUCCUCGAUAGUGCAUGCAGUAGCUGGCCAUUAAAGAAACGUAAUCUUCCGCA